CUCACACCCCACACCCCCAUUAUUUCGGCCAAACCUACCCAAGAGAGAGGGAAGAGAUCUGCAAAUGCUUACCUCCAUAGCUACAACCAAGCUCAAGGUUGAAGAAGGUCCAAGGAAGAAGAAAGAGUGAGAAAAGAAGAGAAAAACCUUGAUUUAUUAAGGAAUUUUACCAAGGCAUUCUAGACUUCUCAAGGAAUCUAGGAGUGGUCGGAAAGUCGCCGGAGCCGCCGGAGUAUUCGCCGGAAAAUUCAAAGGUUGCCGGAGUUCAAACAAAGAGGAUAAAAGCUUGCUAGCGUCAUUUCAAGGUUGAAGCUAGAGCUUACUUCCUGCACCCAUUGCUCGGGAGAUCGAUGGAGAGAAGACGUGGAAUGGGUGGUAGCGAUAGGGCGGUUCGAGGAAAUCCGAGAGGGCGCGCACCGGGGAUAGCCGGGCAAGCCAAUCGGGGGAUAUCAAGGUCACGUAAAAGGCGAGGUAUGGGCAAUCAAGGCCCACAAAAACGAGCUGCGAUGGCUGAUCACAAUGUGACUGAAUUCGAGUCAUGGAACUCGGAGGAUGACUCAACUUAUCACCCUGAAAGCGAGUCAGAUGAAACUUCCUUUGAGGAAAACAGUGGAGAGGAUAUACGUAGUAUUCCUCCGGACCAUGUUAGUGAGAUGUACCGAUGGUACCAACGUGAAAUGGGAAGACAACGACAGGGAUCUCAGGAGGGACAUGUCAGAGGCGAGACCUCUCUCAUGAGGGUUCGGGGUGCUCUUACAGCACAGGUUAGGACAGUCAGAGAUUCUGAUGGCGAAGGACCAUUCUUUAGGAUCUCAAAGUAUCUCAAAGAGGCUAGAGCCUUGGGGUGCAAACCAUUUGAUGGGACGGGGGACAUAUCAGAAGCAGCCGAGUGGAUAAAAAGGUUAAAUGAUGCAGCUGAGGACAUGCAGGUGGUCCCUGAACGAAAGUUAAGGGUAGCCACUAGAUUAUUGGAGGGUUUAGCUUCUACUUGGUGGGAAGGCACCAAGGGUAAGUUUGACGGGGUGGUCACAUGGGACAACUUCGAGCAAGCAUUCUAUGAGCAGUUUUACACCUCUUUCGAAGUAAAUCGAAAGAGGAGGGAAUAUAUCGAUCUCAAACAGGGAAAUGAGUUUACGGUGAAGCAACUGGAACAAAGAUUCCGACAUCUGGCAAGGUUCUUGCCUGAGUAUGCCGCAAAUGAGAACCGAAUGACAAACCAUUUUUGGAAUGCACUCAAUUUGGAAAUACGCGAAAGAGCGACCUACCAAUUCAACAUGACUUUUAGUCAAGUAGUAACCCAAGGUCUCCAGGGGGAGGAGCUUUGGAAGGAAAGGCAAGCAAGGGAUGCAAAGGAAGCACAAGAAAGAGAUCAAGUGAUGAUUCACCCUCCACGACGAGAGGGGAAUUAUGAACUUCAGAGCAAGGAGGACUCUAACAAGUUAGUUCCGUUUUUCAGUGAGAGUCAGAACUUGGUAAGUCAAAGCUCAAGCACUCGGGGCACGGGGGCACCCAAAUGUGAGAAUUGUAGGCGAAGGCACUACGGGAGAUGUCGAGAGCCAUCUAGAUGUUACUUUUGUGGAGAAACAGGCCACAUCAAGGUCCUUUGUCCUCAACGUACGCGUGAAGGAACAUCAGGAGCUAGAGGAGGGGUCACGGGGGUUGAAAACCCAACUAGGGUUGCCUCAAACAUGGUACCUUCUACAAGUCAAUGGCGAACUCGCUCGUGAAGGCCGGAAAUGGCGGAAGCCAUUUGUUAGGCCCGACUAUGGCAUAAGGUUGAAGCUAGAGCUUACUUCCUGCACCCAUUGCUCGGGAGAUCGAUGGAGAGAAGACGUGGUUCGUGCUUCCUCUCGUUCUAUUUUUAAAUAAUUAAAUAAUGCUCAUGGAACUAUUUUGACUUAUAAAUUAAUGGAGCCUGCGAGCUCUUGUUUUACCCUUGUGUGGGUUCUUAUUAAACACUUAUAUUCCGCGAUGUGUUGAAUUGUAUGUUGAUGUUGUUAUGUAUGUUUACUAAUCGGUUUUGGCA